AUGGCUUCCACAAUGGAAGAAGAAGAAGAGUCUCAGUUUUUGGCCAUGCAAAUAGUGAGUGCUUCUGUUCUGCCCAUGGUAUUGAGAGCAGCCUUGGAGCUCCAUGUGUUCGACAUUAUAGCCGAAGCUGGUCCCCGCGCAUGCCUCUCCCCUCAAGACAUCGCAUCUCGGCUUGCCACUCACAACCCAGAUGCACCUGGUCUCCUCGAUCGUAUGCUGCGUCUUCUGGUUUCCCACUCUCUGCUCACUUGCUCUGUUCUUAGCCAUGAUCACAGGGUCUAUGGCUUGGCACCUGCUUCCAAACUGUUUGUUAAGAACAAGGAUGGAGCGUCCUUGGCUCCCUACUUGCUUAUCAUCCAAGACUACUCUAUAGUCAAUACCUGGAAUUCAAUUCUAGAAGGUGGUGGGCUUCCAUUCUAUACGGCACAUGGAGAAAAUGCUGUCGAAUACGUUGGGAAGAACCCUAAACUGUUUGAGGUUUUCAGAAGCUGUGCGUUUGAAUACAAUGUCCUAUUCAUGAAGAAGGUUCUUGACACAUACAAAGGUUUGAAGGCCUGCAAGUUCUGGUUGAUGUAG